CUCUGAGGGACUCACACGCUGCUCUUUGCAUUUUCAGAUGCAGAUGGAAACCUGUGUCGAAGUAACCAGCUGUUACAAGUCGUGCUCACCAUGCACCGAAUCAUCAUCUCCUCGGCCGAGCUGCUGCAAAAACUCAUGAGCCUAUAUAAGGAUGCCCUGGAGAAGAAUUCUCCGGGAAUUUGCCUGAAGAUCUGCUAUUUUGUCAGGUAUUGGAUAACGGAAUUCUGGAUCAUGUUCAAAAUGGAUGCCAGCUUGACCAGCACUAUGGAAGAGUUUCAGGACCUGGUGAAAGCCAAUGGUGAGGAGUCCCACUGCCGCCUCAUUGACACGACGCAAAUUAAUUCUCGAGACUGGUCCAGGAAACUGACUCAAAGGAUAAAGUCAAACACCAGCAAGAAGCGGAAAGUCUCCCUGCUGUUUGACCAUCUGGAACCCGAAGAACUGUCCGAACACCUCACCUACCUUGAGUUCAAGUCCUUCCGAAGGAUAUCUUUCUCUGAUUAUCAAAAUUACCUUGUAAAUAGCUGCGUGAAGGAGAACCCCACCAUGGAGCGGUCCAUUGCCCUGUGCAAUGGCAUCUCCCAGUGGGUACAGCUGAUGGUUCUCAGCCGUCCCACCCCGCAGCUCCGGGCAGAGGUCUUCAUCAAGUUCAUCCACGUGGCUCAGGUGAGUGGCCAGAUGGAGACAAUCAUCCCAGGGCAUGGGGCAAAUGACUUAGCCCUUUCACCCUGAGCCUAGCCUGUCAGU